AGGCGCCAAUCAGCCGGAAGGUUGCUGAGGCCCUCGCGGGGGCGGUGUCCCUAAACCGCUCCCGCAGAGUCGGUGGUGUUCAGCCCCUUCGCCCCGUUUCGCUGUGGCUUGCUGCCGCAGCCUCUGCCUGUCAGCCCGGUUUCCCUGUCCCUGGUGGGCACGGUAUCCCGAAACCUCCACGCCCAUGGCCGCUAGCCAGAGGGAGUCGUCCCCUUUCGCCUCUCCUUCCUCGGCCAGCCGCGGCACGGACGAUGAGGGCGUGCGCGGCACCUGCGAAGAUGCGUCUGUGUGCAAGAGGUAUGCAGUCAGCGUUGGGUACUGGCACGACCCCUACAUCGAGCACCUCGUGAGACUGUCUAAAGAGAGGAAGGCCCCCGAAAUCAACCGAGGAUAUUUCGCCCGAGUCCAGGGUGUCAGCCAGCUCACAAAAGCUUUCCUCCGGAAGACAGAAUGUCACUGUCAGAUUCUCAACCUUGGGGCUGGGAUGGAUACCACCUUCUGGAAGUUAAAGGACGAAGAUCUUCUCCCAAGUAAAUAUUUUGAAGUUGACUUUCCAAUGAUCGUCACACGAAAGCUGCACAACAUCAAAAACAAACCUGCUCUAGCCAAACCCAUUGUGGAGCUGCAUUCGGAGGACGCGCUUCAGAUGAAUGGGCACAUACUGGAUUCAAAGAGGUAUGCCAUUAUUGGGGCAGAUCUCCGAGACCUACCUGAACUUGAGGAGAAACUAAAGAAAUGUAACAUGAAUACACAGUUGCCGACACUCCUGAUAACCGAAUGUGUGCUGAUUUACAUGACUCCGGAGCAGUCAGCAAACCUCAUAAAGUGGGCAGCCAACAGCUUUGAGACAGCCAUGUUCAUAAACUACGAACAGGUAAACAUGGAGGAUCGGUUUGGGCAGAUCAUGAUUGAAAACCUUUGGAGACGACAGUGUCACCUGGCAGGAGUGGAGACCUGCAAGUCAUUAGAGUCGCAGAGAGAACGGCUCCUGGCAAAUGGCUGGGAAACUGCCUCUGCGGUAGACAUGAUGGAGCUGUACGGCAGGCUGCCCCGGGCCGAAGUGAGCAGAAUAGAAUCUCUUGAAUUCCUGGAUGAAAUGGAGCUUCUGGAGCAACUCAUGCAUCAUUACUGCCUGUGCUGGGCGACCAAAGGAGGACAGGCGCUUGGUUUGAAGGAGAUAACUUGUUAAUCCCUCAAGGCUCCUCCUGAGCUGGAAGUGGAAGCUCUAACCUUCCCAGAGGAUACUGCGCAGCUCCGGAGAGAUGGGUUGGCCUCAUCUGCUGGUCUCCCCCCACACUCAGAGAAACCUCAGCUACGAAGGUGGCUGCAUAACUUCUUGUUCCUGUUGACUUGUUGUUUAAAUAAAUCUCACUUGCCAGUUGUUCAUCUGCUUGUUGU